CUGCCUGCUCACUUGCAGCGUUCUCUCCCUCCUCCUCCUCACUUCACCUAGCAAGUCACCGUCGUAUCGACCAGCAGACGCGGGAUCGACCAUCAGACACAACCUGCGCCUGAAGCUCAACGUUAAUUCAACCUGCCUUGUACUUAGCAGGCCAAUAAACACAGCUGUCAUUCUUCUUGUUGGCGCAUUAGCGAUCAUUUUGUCACUUUAAAGGCGGCCAAGUUUUGUGCAACAUGCAACCGGCCAUGACCAAUACGACUAUUCACGACUUUCUACUCGUCGGCUUCGGGCCAGCAGGCCUCGCCAUCGCCGUUGCAGCACAUGAGAAGAAGGUUCUAUCAUUUGUCGCACUUGAGCAGCAAGAUGACUUCAAAUGGCAUCCAGGCAUGCUCAUCCCCGGCGCAUCAAUGCAAAUUUCAUUCCUCAAAGACCUCGCCACCUUGCGAGAUCCAAAGUCUGAGUUCACAUUUCUGAACUAUCUCUUUGAGCAAGGCAGACUUGUUAAAUUUCUCAACCUUGAUACCUUUUUGCCGCAACGCGAGGAGUAUCAGGAUUACAUGCAUUGGGCCGCUAAAAAGAUUGAUGCGACUGGUGGCGUCAAGUAUAAUACCAAAGUUAAGGCGAUGGAGCAGACACAAGAUCCGGCAGUACUCAAGGUGACGGCUUCGACAGCAUCAACUACAGAUACCUUUUCAGAACAAGUCUACUAUGCUCGCAAUGUCAUCAUUUGCACAGGCGGUCAGCCAUAUCUGCCUGCUCAGUUCCCUCAAGAGCAUCCACGCUUGAUGCACAGUUCUCAAUUCAUCAAACGAUUGCCUGGUCUUCAAGCUUCCUUGCCAGGCGGUCGGGCGAAACGCGGCUUUUGCGUUAUCGGCGCUGGUCAAUCGGCCGCUGAGAUUUGGACACAUCUUACAAAGACCUUCCCAGAAGACUUGGUGGAUCUCAAGUUUCGUGCAGGGGCACUCAAACCCUCUGAUGACUCUCCCUUUGUCAAUGAAAUAUUUGAUCCAUCAGUGCGUAUUGAUAAGUGGUAUGGCAUGCCUGAGGAGGCGCGCAAGUCACUCAUUCAAGAGUCAAAAGCAACAAAUUACUCUGUCGUUCGAUUACACUUGCUCGAGGAGAUGUACAAGCACCUUUACAUGCAAGAGUUGCCAGGCCAUCAGAAGAUACAUCGACUUUCGCCUAAUACUGUCAUUGAGCGUAUUGAGCCUGCCGGUAAAGGCGACGAUGCCUGUAUCGAGAUUGCCACACGAGACUCGCUGACUGGCGAAAAGCGUGUCGAUCAAUACGACUAUGUAUUUGCAGCGACUGGCUACCAACGUACUUUCCACAAGCAGGUCUUGCGCAACUUUAGCGAUGUCACCUGGAAUGAAAAUGCAGAUCGACCCGUGGUUGACCGGCGGUAUCGCGUUGUACGGCGAGAUGAGAAUGCGGCGGGUAUUUACUUACAAGGUCUGUGUGAGGCCUCACACGGGCUUAGCGAUACCCUGCUAUCCGUCCUAUCUACGCGCGGCAUGGAAGUCGUUGAAGACAUUGGCGAGCGGAUGGGCGUCAUGCAAAGCAAUGGUAAAGUUGCAUCAGCAGACUUGACCAGAUCUGUUGAAGGGGUGUCAGACUCUGACUAUGGGUCCGAGAGAGCGCCUACGCCAGACUCGGCAUACUAGAUGGCCGUGCUAGGCUGCUAGCCUUUCAUGACCCCUUAUCACAACUGACGACUACCUGUUGAGUAUGUUUUCUUCCUGCAGGCGCACCACGAAUCUGUAAGCUGGACUGACAUGCAAUUGUACGAUAGCCGUCAAGCUUGCGCUCUUCUUGGAAAUACUUAGCAAUACUUUCUAGUCCUAUUCGCAGAAUCUGGACACAAAGUCUCAGCUUGAAACCUGUUUCAAUUGCUCACCUUUCUAGGCCAUAAGUAAAGAUCGUAGAGUAAAUUGCAGCUUCUGGAGCAAG